AUGUUUGUUUAUAAUAAUAUAGGCACCAGACAGGCAUGCGCCUUUAGAGACGACUACGCCAACCUGACCUCGACUGGACUGUCGAUCUUCGGACUCUCUGGCGACUCUCCCAAGGCCAACACGACGUUCCAGACCAAGCAGAAGCUGCCUUACCCGCUUCUGUGUGAUCCAUUCUUCAAGCUCAUCGGCGCUUUUGGCCUGAAGAAGACCCCCAAAGGCACCGUCCGCGGCGUCUUUGCCGUCAACAAGGAAGGAAAGGUGCUUCUGCGCACCCCGGGAGGACCAGAGAAGACGCUCAACCUGGUUCAGGACUUGGUCAAGGGGAAGGAUCUCUCUCGCUCUCUUCCUGUUCUCUGUCGGGGAGGCGGAGCCUUGGUGGGCGCAGAGGUGACGCUGCAUCAGAAGAAGAAGAAGAAGAAGAAGAAGAAGAAGACCAAGUUAGCAAAAAGGAAAAGGAGGACGAAGAGGAAGAAGACAGAAGAAGAAGAAUCCUGGAGCCUUGAGCAGUCGUGUAUCUUUGUGGCUGGUGCAAAAAGGGCGCUCGCUUCUGCGCAUCUAUAUAAUCCAGUGGUCGACCGCGAUCCUCCCAGCGCAAACCUCCAGGCUGCUCCGUUUUAG